AUGGAACGAUGUCAUGGCAUUGACAACUACUUUAAAUUUGGUCAUUUUUUAGGACUUCGUGUUCGAAAGUCUUACGCAACUUUCAAAAUGUCUCGGACAUUUAUGCCAUCUAUCAACACCCGGCAGGUCUUCUCAAGAGGAUAUUCCAGACUAUUCUCAACUUCCCGGCCUGCUAAGCGCCUCUCCACAUCUUGCGAAAUCGUUCAUCGUCGAGCAAGCGCCGCAGCAGCAGUUGGCGCAUCGUUUCACACACCUUCUAUCUCCCGACGACCACCAUCACGCUGCUACAUUCGUCAAUCCGUUGCCUCGUUUUCGUCAUCGUCCGUCCGCGCAGCUACGCAGGUUCUACAAAAUCCGAGAACCGGAGAUGAUGGAGCAACAUUAAUGAUAAAUAUCUCACCUCGAGCUGCGGAGCGUUUGCGAGAAAUCACCGAUCCUACUUCAUCUCCUUCUGCUAUUCAGGAAGAAAAUCCUUACAACCAUCUUCGAAUUACUGUGACCAGCGGCGGCUGCCAUGGUUUCCAGUAUAUGAUGUCGCUAGAGUCAGCUAGCAAGAUCGAUGCUGAAGAGGACACCAUCUUCCAGGGUGAGGCCGAGACUGCUACGUCAGAGGGCGGAGAAGCCAAGGUCGUCAUGGACGAGCCUUCGUUGGAGCUUCUAUCUGGAAGCACGGUAGAUUAUACCACCGAGUUAAUUGGGAGUCAAUUCAAGAUUGUUGAUAAUCCACGAGCCACAAGUAAUUGUGGUUGCGGGACUAGCUUCGAUGUGAUGGAUUGA